AUGGCCAAAGUCAAAGCCACAGUCCAACAAUCCCAGCAAGCCCAGCAAGCCAGGUCCAACGUCCUGAGCCGCUGCCCCGAAGAUCUUGUAUCUUGCCAAAUGCAGAUAAGGAGUUUCGAGCAUGGCAAAGCAGCAUUCCUCUACGCUCGACGUAUUCGACAAGAAGUCAUCCGAACAUUGGCCAGUGAGGAUGGCCUGCGCCUCAUCCUGGACCUAGUCCAGGAAAACUUUGAAGAAAUGAAUGCCACAACCAGAGACCUGCUUUUCAAGACUCAGGUGCUACCAUUUCUAGAGACAAUCACCAACCCCGAGGUCGCAUCCUCUCUAGUAUUGGAACAGGCAGUGGGCACAAUCUACAAUGUCUUGUUUGGACUUGACGGAUCCAGAGCAGCGCGAUGGCUCAAUUUCAUCUGUGGCGUUCUCGAGAUCGACACCACCAACGAAGGCAGUGCCAUGUUACUGGAGGCAUCUCUCCACACGUUCUCUCGUAUCGCGGACCUGAAUUCCACUGCUCCUGUCCAGGAUUGCCUGCAUGCCGUUGCCCAGAGAUUUGAAACUGUGUUCACCUCGAUGAAUGAUAAGAAUGGAAUGAGCGGCAGACUUUACCAGUCUCGGAUGCACCUCGAUCGUCUUCUUCAGCGAAUGGAGACUGGAAACUCUCUCUCAACUGGUACCACGGAGAACAAAGUCAAGAAUGAAAGCAACGUCGCUUUUGUCGCCAACCGCGAGACGCCCGGCGGCAGACACAACAAUGACUUUGACGAUAUCUGUCAGAUCAAGAUCAUGCCCACCUUUGAAGAAAUCUGCAGCCUUCGAGGGGAGUAUCUGCCCGUCAAUAACCCACUUCAAUGGCACAUUGAUGGUGUCGACGGAUUGCUAGAUCGAAACUUUCGGUUGUUGCGAGAAGACACCGUCGGUCAACUUCGAGAUGCAAUCCACCACGAACUAAGUCCCCGUGCGCAGAGAUCGCAAUUGCGCAGGUUCGUAUAUCCCAAUUCCAUUGUGGUCAAGCUCGAGUUCAAUUGGCUUUGGGGGUUUUACUUCGAAGUCGACUUCCCUCAACCUGCUGGAGUAAGAAACUUCACACCUAAGGCCCGAGAGAUGUGGUGGCAGAACUCGAAACGUCUACAGCCCGGGGCGCUUGUGUGUCUAAUCGUUCAAAAAGACGUGGUUGUGUUUUGCACUGUGACACAUCGUGACAUGUCACCGAGGUACAGAAAGGAUACCCCCUCACAGGAUCACGUCCCCCCAGAGAACAAGGCAAAGCCAAGAACUUUAUGGAAGAGCGCCACGAGAGGCUCAGUUAUGUUGAUGCCAGUUGAUUCUCGGUGCAACAACACUCAAGUCGUUCUGGACCUUUUCGGCUCCAAAAAAGCCACUAUGUCUCUGGUGGAGUUUCCAGGAGUCAUUCUUCCAGCUUUUGAACCGGCGCUCAAGGCACUUCAGUCGAUGAAGAGAGCCAAAAGUCUGCCUUUCUCGGAGCUGUUUGUCCCGUGGACCUUUGACGAUUUCAACUUAUCCGACAUGGCCCCUCCCUUGUAUGCUUUGCAGCCUGGCUUUGCUUUCAAUCUCCGCUGCCUCACGAAGAAUGAUACGAAUUUCUACGUCCGCGUUGAUCAACCAUCUAACGUGAAAUACGUACAGGAUAAUUCCACCCUGGAUGGUGCACAGGCUCAUGCAUUGAUCAGCUGUUUGAAAAGAAAGCUCGGUUUGAUUCAAGGGCCACCUGGUACCGGCAAGAGCUACACUGGUGUGGCUCUUAUCAAAGUCUUACUGGCAAACAAAGACGCUGCUGCUGGAGGAAACCUGGGGCCCAUAUUAUGUGUCACAUACACCAAUCAUGCUCUUGACCAGCUUCUUGAAUCUUUACUGGACAACAAGGUCACAUCGCAAAUUGUUCGUAUUGGAUCACAGUCCAAGUCGGAGAGGUUGGAAAGAUUCAACCUUCACAUUGUUGCGAGAGAUACACCAAGAACAAAAAUGGAGAAAAAAGAACGAUGGAGUACAGCUGAGAUACUGUCAUAUUGCGAAGAAGAUUUUUGCGCGCUUGACCUGAAAAAGGAGGUCUCCAUUGCGCGUCUCAAGUCCUAUAUCCAACGGACAAACCCCAGCCAACAUAAUCAGCUAUUUUCACUCGUCCAAGAAGAUGGUUCUUUGAGAGUACAAAAAGACAACCCCCAGACCGCGAUCAACUCCUGGGUGGAUUCAGCGCCUGCAGGCAGUGCUCGUGCACGGCCUGUGGAGGAACUCAAAAACAUCAAUGUCUUCGAGAUGUCUCGAGAAGAACGACAGCUUCUUUACAACCGCUGGUGUCGUGAUUACCGGGCAGAAGUUGAAGAAAGAGUUAGGCGAAUCGUUUCCUCUCACGAGAUUGCCAAAAAGGGAUAUGAUAGCGUCCAGGAUGAAAUGCACCUUCGCUGCCUGGCUGAGGCAGAUGUCAUUGGCAUCACUACUGCAGGACUUGCUCGCAGAUUGGAUAUGUUCCGAAGACUUCAAUGCAAGUUCAUGCUGUGCGAAGAGGCUGGUGAGGUUCUUGAAUCUCAUAUUCUUACUGCGUUUCUACCUUCUGUUGAGCAUGCAGUCCUCAUCGGCGAUCAGCAACAGCUUCGCCCUCAAGUCCAGAAUUACGAUCUUUCCAGCGAGAAUCAUCGAGGUGGAGCACAAUAUUCACUCGAUAUUUCCUUGUUUGAGAGACUGGUGAGCUCAAACAAAAGCCCCAUGGACUGUGGAGCUCCUUUCAGCACAUUGGAAACACAGCGUCGAAUGCAUCCGUCUAUCGCUCGUCUGGUCCGUGAAACCUUGUAUCCAAGUUUGAAGGAUGCUCCAUCCGUUUCAGAGUAUCCGGAGAUUAUGGGGAUGCGGAAAAGACUAUUCUGGUUGGAUCACCGGCAUCAAGAGGGAGGAUCUGACGGCGAUUCCAUGUCAACCUCUCACUGGAAUAGUCAUGAGAUUGAUAUGACCGUUGCGCUGGUCAACCAUCUGGUUCAACAAGGCGAAUACAAACACGGAGACAUUGCAGUGUUGACUCCGUAUCUGGGCCAGCUCCACCGACUACGAAAACGGUUCGAUGAACUCUUUGCCAUUAUGGUAGGGGACCGUGACCGAGUUGAGCUCAAGCAGGCGGGGUUUGCAGAUUAUGAAACUAAGGAUAAGCCCACGAUCAAAGCAGCCUUGUCAGAAACUCUUCGCAUGGCCACCGUGGACAAUUUCCAAGGCGAAGAAGCUAAGGUUGUUGUGAUAUCUCUAGUCCGCAGCAACGCAAAGAACCAAUGCGGCUUUCUGCGUACUUCCAAUCGGAUCAAUGUCCUGCUGUCGCGAGCACAACACGGCAUGUACAUCAUUGGCAAUUCGCAGACCUCAAUCCAUGUUCCUAUGUGGGCUCAAGUCGUGAAGAUUCUGAGACAAGAACACAAUAUCGGAAAGGCCUUGGAGCUCCAAUGUCCUCGCCAUCCAGAUACACCGAUUGUGGUCUCGACACCAGAGGAUUUUCCAAAGUUCUCCCCCGAAGGAGGUUGCAACCUGCGCUGUGUCAACCGGUUGCGCUGUGGACAUGCCUGUAGCCUUGCCCUCGAUCGUUGGGUGGCUGCAAUCACCCGUGCCCCAAGCGAUGCGGGGAUCGUUGUCCGGAAAAGUGCAUGGUCAACGUAUACCAAAAGGACAGGACACUUCUUUGCGGCCAUCCAAUGCCAGACCUUCCUUGUUGGCAGGAUCAAGAUAUCUCCAAGGUCCGCUGUCUGGUGCCUGUGGACAAGACGAUCCUAG